GACGUACCAGGACGCGCAACGUCUCUUGUUGGCAUGGAUUUAGGGUGAACGGAAACACACCCUAAUAUAUUGUUGUAUCUGUAUUAGUCAGCUUUUAAACAGAACGGCCGUAGUUAUGAUGUUUUAAUGUUCACGACGGCUAUGCAAUGCUGCGUCCCAACUAAAACUAAACGCAGUGGUGAUGAAGAGGAAGACGCUAAGGCGGCUCAGGCUGAGUCCUAAUGAAGAGUCGCAGCUCCUCCGAGAGGAACAAGACCGGAGAAGAAAGAUACGGAUACAGCAGGUGCGGGAACAGGCACGCGCCAAUGCUCUCCAAAUCAGGACCGAUGUGCAGAGGAGACGGGAGCGGGAGCUCCAGCUGCUGGCCGAGGAGCUCCGGCAGGACUGGGAGCUUCAGCAGAGCGAGAAGAUCCAAGCUCUGCAGAGGUUGUAUGAGGAGAGCCUCCGCCUGCUAGGACAGGGCCACCGCAGCGCCAAGGAAAACGAGCCCGACUGGGAGGCCAUGGCCCAGCACGCUGAGGAAAACCAGGUGAAGGCCAAGCAGCGCUACAGAGAAGCCCUGAAGGAGCUCACGUCUCAGAGACACCGAGAACAGGAGGAGCACAACCGUCCAGCUGACGCCAGGAGAAAGGCCCUGCAGGCAGAGCGGGAGCGUGCCGCCUGGGUGGCCAGCCUCCCCCCACCUCCUCCCCACCCCAUGGAGACCAUGGAGGAGAACAGGCCUCCUGCUGGGAGAUCUAACGUCAGUGGGUUCUCAGCAACGCACCAUCACUGCCCGGAGCCCACCGUGGACAGGGAGGUCGCUGCUACUCAGCCGGACGCCCACGAGGAGGCGAAGCAGGAGGCCCGGAGGCUGCUGGAGCGGGGGAGCGAGGCGGAGCGCCAGCGGGAGGAGCAGCAGGAAAAGGCGCGUCUCCGAGGGAGGUCCGCUCUGAAGAGAGAACAGCUGACUCAGGACCGGGAGCGCCUGGUGGUGGAGCUGGAGCACAUGCAGCAGACAGAGCUGCUAAGGAGGAGGCAGCAGGUGGCCCAGAUGCCCGCGCAGAUCUUCCAGCCCCUCCACCGACGGCGGGAGGCCCGGGAGGACGGUCAGAGGGACAUGGAGUUCGCCUUCGAGGACAUGUACACCGGGGAGAGGAGAGUGAAGGGUGACCUGGUUCUCCAGCUGGUCCCGGAGCCCCUGCCGGCUCCAUCCACCUCCUCCAGUCAGGACCAGGAGCUGGAUGUAACCGUGGACGACGGCGAGGACACUCCCCCGGAGGUCACCCCGGAGGCCGAGGCCGGUCACCAUGGCAACGGGCAGCACCCAGGACCGGCUACAGCGCGAGUGGAACCGCCCCAACCGGCCCAUCGACAGGCCCUGCGGAAACUCCUGAAUCGUAUCAGGGCCCAGAGAGACAAGGGGUUGGACCAGGGCAGGGACCACCCCCAGGAACCCGACCUCAUCUCCUCUGCCGCCGCCUGUCAGCCGCCUGUCCGGCCGGAUGAAGAACCAGAGAGGGACUCCUCCAUCGACACGGGGUCUCUGUCCGUGGAGGAGCACGGGAGAGAGGCCUCCAGCCCACAGCUCCCCCCGCAGCCCGCCUCUGCAGUGUUGGAGACCACGGGAGAGGAGUCUGUGCUGGCGCCACUCCCUCCAGAGGUCCUCUCCAGCAGGAUGUAUGAGUGGAAGGAAAGGGAGGCGGCGCUGGAGCGGGAGAAGCGGCAGCAGAUGGUUCUGCUGGAGGACCUGGAGGAGCAGAAGUCGCGGCUGGAGGCCAUGCUGCGGGACGCCCAGCGGGAGAGGCAGGACAUGCAGGCCGCCGUCAACCAGGACGUCUCUCUCCAGGAACCGGAAGUACCUGCCGCUCUUCCUCCUGCUGCCUCUGAGCUAGAGAGCUCCACGGGGAAAGAUCAAAGCAGCCGCAUCCGACAGCACCAACGGCGCCUCCUGGAGCAGAACAGGGUCCACCAGCGGUCGGUGGCGGUCGCCCGGCAGCGUCUGGAGCAGUACCAGCGGGCGCUUCGGAUCCGCCACAGCGCGGGCGUCAUGCCCAGGCCCUCCGCAGGCCUCGCCCCCCGUCCUCCUCUCGGUCUGUCGGCUGAGACCGCCGUACCGGUGGCCACCCCCCCGGCCCCUGUACCCCGCCCCACUGAGCGUGCAGUGCCAGCCUCGGCCCCGGGAGAGAUCCCCGCCCUGCGGUCGGAUGCCUGGAGGACCCCUCCACCGCCCCGUCGCCCCGACCUGCGCCCUGCGCCCAGCCUGACCCCAGACCCGGCUCGCUUCCCCCUGGACUCGCCGGAGGACGAUGCAAACGGGCCUCCUCCUGCCCGUAGAGCAGGCCUCUCAGCCUGGCUGACCGACAGCAUCAUGGAGCGGGCAACGGGCCACCUCCCGGAGAGCCUGAGGUCGCCGCCGGCGGCCCCGAACCCUUUCACUCACCGUCCACUCGGGACAGCAGAGAGUGUCACUGCCGGUGUGCGGCAGAGCUCCCGACUCGCUGGGGAAGGAGAUGUGGAGAGGCAGAGGUUUGAGCUGCUGGAGGCCCGCCGGCGGACGCAGGAGCAAAGGGAGGAGGUGGCGCAGCAGCUCCGGGAGCAAGAGGAGGCGCAACGGAGAAGGGAGGCGGAGAGAUGCAGCCAUGAGGCCCACCAGAGAUGGGAGGAGGAGAGUGGGACAAAGGCCGAGCAGGAGAGAUGCACACAGGAGGAGAGACGGAGACGGGAGGAGCAACAGAGGAACGAGGAGCAACGCAGGCUGGAGGAGGAGAGAUGGAGACGGGAGGAGGAGGAGCAAAAGAGACAUGAUGAAGAGCAGAGGGAGCAGAUGAGGAGGCAGAGGGAGGCACUGCAGGCUUUGAUCAACACGGAGACACAAGGCCCACGGGCUUGUCCGGUAGCUGAGCCGCCGGCGGCGGGCGAGGAGGAGGAGGAGGAGGAGGGCCGGAGCCGCCUGAGCCUCCUGUCCUCUCUGCUCAGGGCCAUCGAGGAGUCUCACGGGGGCUCUCUGUCUCACCUAGAGGAGCAACCCCAGCCAGCCCCCUGCACCCCAUCUCCUCCUGCCAGCGAUCCUGGCCCUCUGCGUGGCGGUUUGCCUUCCCAGUCCUGGGGUGCAGCUCGGGCCCAGAGGCCCCCACUGACCCGCGUGAAGCUCGGCGCCAUGGUGACGUUGCCGGGGCAACACGAGCUGAGUGUCAUCCAGGAGGUGGAGACGCCGGGCGAGCGCAGCCUGACGGCCACAGGGCCGGAGGAUGUCUUUGGGUCUCGGACCCUCGCAGCAGAAGGCGCCCCUGGGUCCUGGGACAGACACCAGAGACCUGGAGCUCUGCUGACCCACGUAGAGCAGAGGUCUGCGGUCUGUAGCCCCCUCCCCGACUCAGAGCUCUCCACUGAGCUGUCCUGGAAGAAGAGGCUGCUGGAACACCCCCCUGAGACAGAGCCCGGUCCCUCCAGGCCCUCCUGGGGGCCAUCUGAGCAGCCCCUCGCUGCAGUAGGGGCCCCUGGGUCGAGAGACAGACACCAGAGACCUGGAGCUCUGCAGACCCACGUAGAGCAGAGGUCUGCGGUCUAUAGCGACUCAGAGCUCUCCACUGAGCUGUCCUGGAGGAAGAGGCUGCUGGAACAGCCCCCCGAGACAGAGCCCGGUCCCUCCUGGGGGCCAUCUGAGCAGCCCCUCGCCGCAGUAGGGGCCCCUGGGUCCAGAGACAGACACCAGAGACCUGGAGCUCUGCUGACCCACGUAGAUCAGAGGUCUGCGGUCUGUAGCCCCCUCCCCGACUCAGAGCUCUCCACUGUGCUGUCCUGGAAGAAGAGGCUGCUGGAACAGCCCCCUGAGAGAGAGCCCGGUCCCUCCAGGCCCUCCUGGGGGCCAACUGAGCAGCCCCUCACCGCAGUAGGGGCCCCUGGCUCGAGAGACGGACACCAGAGACCUGGAUCUCUGCAGACCCACGUAGAGCAGAGGUCUGCGGUCUGUAGCGACUCGGAGCUCUCCACUGAGCUGUCCUGGAGGAAGAGGCUGCUGGAACAGCCCCCUGAGACAGAGCCCUGUCCCUCCAGUCCCUCCUGGGGGCCAUCUGAGCAGCCCCUCGCCCCAGUAGGGGCCCCUGGGUCGAGAGACAGACACCAGAGACCUGGAGCUCUGCAGACCCACGUAGAGCAGAGGUCUGCGGUCUGUAGCGACUCAGAGCUCUCCACUGAGCUGUCCUGGAGGAAGAGGCUGCUGGAACAUCCCCCUGAGACAGAGCCCUGUCCCUCCCGGCCCUCCUGGGGGCCAUCUGAGCAGCCCCUCGCCGCAGUAGGGGCCCCUGGGUCCAGAGACAGACACCAGAGACCUGGAGCUCUGCAAACCCACGUAGAGGAGACGUCUGCGGUCUGUAGCCCCCUCCCCGCCUCAGAGCUCUCCACUGAGCUGUCCUGGAAGAAGAGGCAGCUGGAACAGCCCCCUGAGACAGAGCCCGGUCCCUCCAGGCCCACCUGGGGGCCAUCUGAGCAGCCCCUUGCCGCAGUAGGGGCCCCUGGGUCGAGAGACAGACACCAGAGACCUGGAUCUCUGCAGACCCACGUAGAGCAGAGGUCUGCGGUCUGUAGCGACUCGGAGCUCUCCACUGAGCUGUCCUGGAGGAAGAGGCUGCUGGAACAGCCCCCCGAGACAGAGCCCUGUCCCUCCAGGCCCUCCUGGGGGCCAUCUGAGCAGCCCCUCGCCGCAGUAGGGGCCCCUAGGUCGAGAGACGGACACCAGAGACCUGGAGCUCUGCAGACCCACGUAGAGCAGAGGUCUGCGGUCUGUAGCGACUCAGAGCUCUCCACUGAGCUGUCCUGGAGGAAGAGGCUGCUGGAACAUCCCCCUGAGACAGAGCCCGGUCCCUCCAGGCCCUCAUCUGAGCAGCCCCUCGCCACAGUAGGGGCCCCUAGGUCCAGGGACAGACACCGGAGACCAGGAGCUCUGCUGACCCACGUAGAGGAGAGGUCUGCUGUCUGUAGCCCCCUCCCCGACUCAGAGCUCUCCACUGAGCUGUCCUGGAGGAAGAGGUUGCUGGAACAGCCCCCUGAGACAGAGCCCGGUCCCUCCUGGGGGCCAUCUGAGCAGCCCCUCGCCGCAGUAGGGGCCCCUGGGUCGAGAGACAGACACCAGAGACCUGGAGCUCUGCAGACCCACGUAGAGCAGAGGUCUGCGGUCUGUAGCGACUCAGAGCUCUCCACUGAGCUGUCCUGGAGGAAGAGGCUGCUGGAACAGCCCCCUGAGACAGAGCCCGGUCCCUCCAGGCCCUCCUGGGGGCCUUCUGAGCAGGGAGGACGGUCGUCCGGUUCUUCCGUGUCUCCGGGUUCCGUCGGCAGCGGCUACACUGCCAACUCCGGGUCUGCUGGUAGGCCGGCCUACCCCGACGACUCCUCCUCCAGCAGCCUCUCCACCGGGAGCUACGUCACCACUGACCCUGAACACAACUCCGCCCACACAGACGUCUCGGAGCCCCACUCGGGGGCGGAGCUUAUACGACCGGUUACCCCGACCGACGGCUUCCUUGCGGCCGUCUCCCCCCCGUCGGCCCCGUCCAGCCGCAGCUCCUGCACUGUAGGGCUAUCGUCUGUGGCGGACUCAUCGUCUCCAGGCCCCUCCUUCUCCAUGGGCCCCCAGACGUCCCCAGGCUCAGAGACGUCCCCAGGCUCAGAGACGUCCCCUGGCCGGGCCGUAGCUGCUUUGUUCCAUGAAAGCAGCAUCCAGCGCAUCAUAGACAAGUACACCAGAGAGCUCAAUGCCUCCCUCUGCAGCAGUGCGGACACCACAGGGUCAUCAAUAGCCGUGGAUGAGAACCAGGUCCCACCGAGUCCAGCUCAGGUCCCGACCGCGACUCCCCCCACUGAGACGGCUCCACCAAGGCCUGGCCUGGAGUGGGACAACGCGGUCAACCAGAUCCUGGAGCAGUUCUCUGAAAGCGUCUCAUUGGUGCAGGACAUCUCAUUCAGGCCUCUGAUUGGUCAGCAGGAUCAGUCGUCCUGUCUGGCCGCAGACGGGCGGCACUCGGCAGUGGGGCGCCUCAUUGGUCAGCCGUCGGCCCAGUCCUCCAUGAUUGGGCAGCUCCCAGGCCCGUCGAUGCGUGCGGGAGCCAACGAGGGUGCGUGGGACUCCACGUUGAGCCGCAUGAUCGACCGCCUCUCCCACCAGCCCUGCUCCCUGUGGUCGAGCGGCGGGCGCGACUUCUACUCCAGCCAGCUGAUGGGUCGGCUGGGGGUGGAGCAGUCGUCGGUGUCGUUCGACGAAGCGCAGGAGGACAGCCGGAUGAGGCCUCUGAUUGGUCAGUUGGACGAGUCGGGCGUCCGGAGACCAGGAAGCACGGGUGGUCUCGGCGGCAGCGUGGGUCCUACAGGAUCAGACCCAGUCCAGGUCCUAGGAGACCCACCUGCCCCAGAAUCCCCCCUCCACCGACCUCCUCCUCACCAGCCCAGCUCCGAUUGGCCCAGCAGUGGUCCGGGCCGCUACGCCAGCCAGCUGAUUGGCCAGCCGGGAUUGGAGGAGACGUCUCUGUGGCUGGAUGAUCGACCGGAGGAGGGCGGGAUGAAGCCCCUGAUUGGCCAGUUAUACGACUCGGCCGUGCAGGCAGCCGGAAGCUCAGGCGAGGGCAGCAGCAGCAGCAGCAGCAGCCUGGGCUCUGUUGAGUCGGUCCUGGUGGCUCCUCCUCCUCCACCUGCCUCCCAGCCCUCUGCCCCCCUCUGUCCUCCUCACCAGCCCAGCGCCCCUCAGUCCAGCGACGGCCAGCUGGUUAGACGGCUGGAGUUCGAUCAGUCGUCGCUGUGGCUGGAUGACGGACGCGAGGAGGGCGGGAUGAGGCCUUUGAUUGGCCGGCUGGACGAGUCGGGUGCGCAGGCAGCUGGAAGCUCGGGUUACGGCAGCUCCAGAACGGACCAGACCCGGCUGAACAGAGGACCCAGCGACGGCACCGGCGGGUCUCCCCAGGCGGCCGUGGACCCUGACCUCAGCGCAGUCCCUGAGCCGGAGGUCCCGGACACACGACGCCGGCCACCACCCCUGCAGGACCCCAGCGCCGCCCUGCAGCAGGACCCAGAAUGCUCUGAAGGGUUUGCCGAUCAGGACUCCUUCCUUCCCCUCCUGGCCCAGGUGACCCUCAACGAGUCCCUCGAACCCUCCAUGACCUUUCACCUGCCACAACAGGAAGUGCCCAGCUCCCCGGACGGGAGCCACCAGUCCACAGGACGGGAGGAGGCAGAGUCUACAGGUCGGCCGCUCGCCCCACAGCGGUCGGAAGAGGAGGACCAGGGCUCCGUGGUCGACCCCUCCCCAGAACACCCUAGAGCCCAGGAGGAGGAGGAGGGGGAGGAGGGGCCCAUCUCUUCCUGUCUGGACUCCUUCUGCCAGCUCGCCUCCUCACAGCCACCGUCCGUCCUCCUCGAGUCCCCUGAGGAGGGGGAGGAGCCGAUGGUGGGGGACGAGACUGAUGGAUGCAAGCUAUUGGUUCCAGCCCGGGACUCGACCAGCCAAGAACCGACCAAUCAGCCGGGGUCUAACCUGAAGAGUGACACUCCUAUUUGGGAUACAAUAAUAGGGACGGCUUGGGAGAAGGGGAUCCUGGAGCAGUCUGAGAUCACGCUGGUGAGCCUGAGUGACGAAAGCACGCUGGGCCCGGACACCACGACCACUGAGGACCAGGAGGUUGAUUCAACACUCCUACCUGAGGAGGAAGACCCACCCGCUACACAAGAGAGUCCCCCGUCCCAGCCAGGCGUGGUUCUGGAGCCCCAGGCGGGUCCUGCUGGGGGUCUCCAAGAGGCCUUCCAGAGGAAACGCCUGGCCCUGAUCCAGAGGUCUGCCCUCAGGGUGGAGGAGAUCAGGGCCAAACGAGUCCUGGCCAAGACCCAGCCCAGCAACGCCAAAGGCACGCCACCACAACCCAGCCAGACCCAAGGCACGCCACCACAACCCAGCCAGACCCAAGGCAAGCCACCCAAACUCACCCAGGCCAAGACCCAGUCCGUCCAGAAUCGGGCCAAGACCAAGCUGAUCCACAGCCCCACCGGGCCUCAUCUGGGACAGGCACGGCCUGAAGACCACCCGAGGUCUAAAGGCCAGGCCCUGGGUCAACUGGUCAGCUCAAAGACCAAAGAACCCCAGAUCAAGACCAUGGUGGUUCCAGUCUGGACGGCUGUUGUCCCUGCUUCACGGCCUGAUGGGAAACCCAAACAUCCAUCCCCAGUGAGCAAUGCUGGGAUGAAGGGUUGUGAAGAGGUGAGGACGUGCACGCCAUCCCAGAAGAAGCUGGAGGGCUUGGAGAUGCACCUGAGAACGCGGAGGUUGUAUGGCCGGCUGGAGGAGGUGAAGCAGCAGAGGGAGGUGAAGAGCAAGCAAGAGAGCUAUGCCCAGAACCGCCUCAAGGCCAAAGAGUUCCACCAGAAAACUUUACAGAAACUUCGAGCCAAGCAGACUGCACAAUGAUGAUUUUUCUAUUUAAUUUUUACAUUUUGUACAUUUGUUAACUUAUAAUUGAAGGAGUAAUAAAGCAUAUUUAAGGAGUAAUAAAGCAUAUUUAAGGAGUAAUAAAGCAUAUUUAAGUAA